ACAAAGAUUUCCUAUAUCUACACGAGAGAGAAACAAAAACAACGUUUAGCUUGAAAUUCUGAUAGCUAAUAGGGUAAAUUUAGAAAACAAAUAGACACAAUAAGCGACUAUUGAAGUAAAAAACGCAUCUAUCGAUAGACAACCAGCUGAUAAAUGUUUAUUUAUGGCAAAUGAAAAAAAACAUUGCUCGAAAUAGGAGUGCAUUUGAAUUUCAUUAUAUUAGUCAUGUCUGUCGUGGAGCUAUCUCUUAGAUAAACGAGUGCCUCGAGAAGCAAUUUGUUUGCAACACCCGCACCACGUGCUCCUUUUUUUGAUAUUUCGCUGCCCCCCGCGAACUUGGGAUUUGGAAUUGAAAUUGUGUUCGGAUUUGCCCGAUAACGAGUUGCCCAAAUAAACAGCUCCCGCACGGGUUAAUGGAUUUGCCGAUUACGUCGUCGGCGCCCAGUUCAAUUCCAUUCCGGCAGCUGCAGCGAUAAGCGAGCGAUCUGAAUCAUUUAGUGCGAAUCUCACGGCGUUCCGGAUUUUUUGCGGUUUAUUUAACAGCCAGCCAUGUCGGCGAAUGGAAAAGAGGCGCCGGCACCUCCGCCGCCAGAAACCCUUGCCUCGAAACCCAUUGACAUCAGUGUCCGGCUGCCGUCGCUCCACGAGCGCCUCACCUCCUUGGACAAGGGCAUACCACCAGCGUCGCCCACCCUGCCCAGUCCCACCAUCCGGCGGAACAAGAGCGACGGCAAGCUGAUGGCCCAGGACAUCAAAGAGGCCCGGGUUAAGGUCAUCUAUACCGGCGGCACCAUCGGCAUGAUGCGGAACGAGCGGAGUGUUCUGGCACCCAUUCCCAAUGCCCUGGUCCGGCACAUCCGCAAAUACCCCAACAUCCACGACGAGGAGUAUGCCCUGCAACGGUUCGGGGCUUCCGCCUCGAUGGCUCCGCUGGUCCUGCCCCUGGUCCAGGGCGUGGACCGCAGGAUUCUUUACCAGAUCACGGAGUACACACCUCUGCUGGACAGCAGCAACAUGACCAUGAACGACUGGGCCCGCAUCGCCAGCGACAUUCAGCAAUCCUACGAGUUCUUUGACGGAUUCGUGGUCCUCCAUGGAACAGACACCCUCUCCUACACCGCCUCGGCCCUCUCGUUCAUGCUGGAGAAUCUCGGCAAGACGGUGAUCAUCACUGGCUCCCAGAUACCCAUCUUUGAGACGCGCACCGACGGCAAGGACAACUUCACCUCCGCCCUGAUCAUAGCGGGCAACUACAUCAUCCCGGAGGUGUGCAUCUUCUUCGGCCACAAGCUGAUGCGCGGCAACCGGACGGUGAAGGUGAGCUCGAACGCCCUGGACGCCUUCGACUCGCCGAAUGUGCCGCCCCUGGCGAGGAUCGGCAUCGACGUGAACGUGGACUACCGCCUCAUCUUCCGGCCGUGCAGCAUCGAGCGGUUCUGCGUCCAUCUGAAUCUCGACGAGAACGUGGGUCUGCUGCGCAUCUUCCCGAGCAUUUCGCACUCCACGUUCCGUGCCUUCCUAGCGCCACCGAUCCGCGGCGUGGUGCUUCAGUCCUUCGGCUCUGGCAACAUCCCAUCCAAUCGCAAGGACCUGAUUGAGGAGCUGCGGGCCGCCGAUGAACGGGGUGUGAUCAUCAUCAACUGCACCCAGUGCCCCAACGGCACUGUGGCCGAGAUAUACGACACGGGCAAGGUCCUGUGCGAUGUGGGUGUCAUUCCCGGCUACGACAUGACCCCGGAGGCGGCGCUCUCCAAGCUGGCCUAUGUCAUUGGCAAGACGGAGUGGUCUCUGGAGGUCAAAAAGCAGAUGAUGCAGUCGAACCUGCGCGGUGAACUGACCUCGGUGAAGGCGGCUAAGAUAGAGGACUACGAUCUGGUAGACGCAGUGGCUCGAUCGCUGCACCUGUCCUCGCCACAGGAGCUGGACCAGCUGGGCGCCACCCUCUUCCCGGCCAUGAUAAACGCCGCCGUGGCCGAGAGCGACCUCAAGAAGAUCAACAACCUGAAAGCCUACGGAGCUGACCUCUCCGGCAUUAAUCACGACCAGAGAACGGCACUCCAUCUGGCCUGCCAACUGGGCAGUAUCGAAAUCGUCAAGUUCCUGCUAAACAAUGGAGUCUCGGUCCAUGUUCGUGAUCGGUACGACCGCACGCCCCUGCUGGAGGCGGUCUCCACCGACAACCACGAGAUCAUCCAGCUGCUGAUGAACUGUGGCGCCCAUCUCACCGGUUCCUCGCGGGCGGUGGGGGAGCAGCUGUGCGCCGCGGCGGCCAGGGGAUCCAUUGUGCGGAUCAAGUCCUAUCAACUGGCUGGCGCCGAUCUCUCCCAGGCCGAUCCCUCUGGCAGGACGGCUCUACAUGUUGCUGCCUUGCACGGCCACCCGGAAGUCAUCCUCUAUGUCCUCCCGUAUUACGAGAAUCCCAAUGAGAAGGACAUGCUCGGUCUGACGCCGUGGGAUUAUGCGGAACGAGGGGGACAUUCCGCAGUUCUGGAAGCCCUAAGAACCUCCGGAUGAGUUGCAAGGCAGGUGGGGAUGCCACAGAAAUGUCAAGGUAGUUUCAACUUAAAAGAUUACUUAAUUUUUAAAGCAUUUUUUAGCUGAUGUUUUUGAUUUAAAACUUUAUUUGUAUUUAUUUAAAAAAAUUCGAAAUAACAUCGAAAAUAUUUGUCACUAAUUCAGGAAAAAAUUGGUUUCUGUGGCAAGUCUUAUAGAAUACUUAAUAUUCCUUGAAUCAGUCCUAUCUAGUCCAUGGAAUGUAUUUUGAUACUAAUACUAGACUUUGUAUAGAUUAUAGCUUUUUUUUAUAAAGUCCUUUGUUCUUUAAUUUUAACUUAAAAAGUCUUCGAAUCGUUAAAUGUAAUGUUCUCUAUUUGAUUAAUGGAAAAAAAGAUUAUACAACUCAAAUUGUAAGCC